GACGCCGACGACUGGGGCGUCGCCACGAGACUCGUGCACCCGGCGAACACGCUGGAAGACCCGUUCAUGGCGUCCGCGCCGCCGCUGUACCAGACCGCGACGUUCGCGCAGCCGAGCGCGACGACGAACGGGCCGUACGACUACACCAGGAGCGGCAACCCGACCAGGGAUCUCCUCGAGAUGCAGAUGGCGGAGCUCGAGGGCGCCGACCGCGCGUUCGCCUUCUCCUCCGGCAUGUCCGCGCUGAUGACCGUGACGAGGCUCGUCAAGUCGGGCGAGAGGAUCGUCACCGGGGACGACAUCUACGGCGGCACGUCGCGGUUGCUCGCGCAGGUGGUCCCGAAGGUUGGCAUCGAGGUGGUGAACGUGGACAUGAACGAUCUCGACGCGGUUUACCGAGCCGUCGACGGCGGGAACACGACGAUGGUGAUGCUCGAGUCCCCGACGAACCCGCGUCUGCAGAUCACGGACAUCCGCGCGAUAAGCGAUCACGCGCACGAGAGAGGCGCGCUGGUGUGCGUGGACAACAGCAUCAUGGCGCCGGUGUUCCAGUCCCCGCUCGCGCUCGGCGCGGACAUCUCGAUGACGUCGGCGACGAAGUUCAUCGCCGGGCACUCCGACGUCACCGGCGGGAUACUCGCGGUGAAGGGCGAGGCGCUCGCGAAGGAGGUUUACUUCCACCAGAACGCGGAAGGGACGCUCCUCGGGCCGUUCGACUGCUGGCUCGCCCUGCGCGGGCUGAAGACGAUGUCGCUGCGGAUGACGAAGCAGCAAGAGAACGCCGUCGCCAUCGCGCGGUGGCUCGAGUCGCAUCCGCUGGUGACGUACGUAAACUACCCCGGUCUCGAGAGCAACGCCGGGCACGCGCUGCACGCGUCGCAAGCGCGCGGCGGGGGCAGCAUCUUAUCGUUCGCGACCGGCGACGUCGAGCUGUCGAAGAUCAUCGUCGAGGAGUCCAAGCUGUUCAAGAUCACCGUCUCUUUCGGCGGCGUGAGUUCGCUCAUCUCGUUGCCGUGCUUCAUGUCGCACGCGUCCAUACCGGCGGAGACGCGCGCCGCGAGGGGGCUCCCGGACGACCUCGUGCGGAUAAGCACCGGGAUCGAGGACGCGAAGGAUCUGCUCGUGGACCUGGAG